UCCAGUGCGCACACACUCAGAGAGAAGGUCCACGCAGCAGCCAGCUCCGAUCAAUCCUCUCAGGGAAUACACACCCACACACACACACUCACACACACACACACACACACCACUUCUGGAGUAUCUCACCCAAAGACGCACCGUUGUGAUUCCUCGCCGUGGACUUACGCUUACGCACUGCUUGCGUCAAGAACGCGUCUUUUUUUUUUUUUUUUUUUUUGUGUUGUGACCUCUUUGAAAGUCUUUUUUUUCGUACAAAAGGGGGAUCUUCAUAUUUCACACAGGAUUGUUUCUCUACCCGGUUCGACUAUUUACGAGCGGAAACCGUUGAUUGUGGAACUAUUGCGCCAAUGGUGCGGGCUGGACGACCUGCGCGCAGCUGACCCGCGCUCAGUGCGCAAGAACACCAGUGGGGUGGGUUCUUAUUCCGACGUAUAGAUGGUGUGGUGGUGAAUGGUUCCGAGGGUGCAACAUAAGCUGGGACUGUAAAGGAGGCGGACUGUGCGUGGAUCGGUUCUACUCUCCUCCGCCGUGAGUCCGUUUACAUGAGCGGGUCAUGACAAUGGAUUACAUUCUGCUCUUGUGCAGCCUCCUGCUGUCCCCCCUGGCCUCCGCGGUGGAAGAGACGCUGAUGGACACGAAGUGGGCCACAACGGAAUUAGCCUGGACUUCACAUCCUGAGACCGGGUGGGAAGAGGUGAGCGGUUACGACGAUGCCAUGAAUCCCAUCCGGACUUACCAAGUAUGCAACGUACGAGAGCUGAACCAGAACAACUGGCUCCGCAGUGACUUUAUCCCGCGGAAGGACGUCCUGCGUGUUUACGUGGAGAUGAAAUUCACGGUGCGCGACUGCAACAGCAUCCCCAACAUCCCGGGCUCCUGCAAAGAGACCUUCAACCUCUUCUACUACGAGUCGGAUUCAGACUCGGCCACAGCGACCAGUCCGUUCUGGAUGGAAAACCCGUACGUGAAAGUGGAUACCAUCGCCCCGGACACCAGCUUCUCCAAGCUCGAUUCCGGACUGGUCAACACUAAAGUCAGGAGUUUCGGGCCGUUGUCCAAAGCCGGGUUCUACUUGGCCUUCCAGGACCUCGGGGCGUGCAUGUCCCUCAUCUCAGUGAGGGUUUUUUACAAGAAGUGCUCGACCACCAUAGCCAACUUCGCAGUUUUUCCAGAGACGGCGACCGGAGCGGAAGCGACGUCCUUGGUCAUUGCACCCGGGACAUGUGUCCCCAACGCCUUGGAGGUGUCCGUGCCGCUCAAGUUGUACUGCAACGGAGACGGGGAAUGGAUGGUUCCCGUGGGGGCCUGCACCUGCUCGGCGGGUUUUGAACCUGCCAUGAAGGACACUCAAUGCCAAGCUUGCAGCCCUGGGACCUUCAAGUACAAGCAAGGGGACGGAUUCUGUCUACCGUGCCCUGCAAACAGCCGGGCCAGUUCCGGGGCGGCGAGCCUUUGCUCCUGCCGAAACGGUUACUACCGAUCGGACACGGACACCCCCGACUCGCCCUGCACUACUGUUCCCUCCGCCCCGCGCAACGUCAUCUCCAGCGUGAACGAAACCUCGCUGGUCCUGGAGUGGAGCGAGCCCCGGGAGCUGGGCGGCCGCGACGACACCUUCUACAACGUCAUCUGCAAGAAGUGCCUGCCCGAGCGGGGGAUGUGCUCCCGCUGCGACGACAACGUGGACAUCUCACCGCGCCACCUGGGCCUGACCCAGCGCAGGGUGGCGGUCCGCAACCUCCAGGCCCACACGCAGUACAGCUUCGAGAUCCAGGCCGUCAACGGGGUCUCCAACAAGAGCCCUUACACGCCUCAGUUCUCCGCCGUCAACAUCACCACCAAUCAGGCCGCUCCUUCUGCAGUACCCACGGUUCACCUGAUGGCGGCCACAGCCAGCACCAUGAGCCUGUCCUGGCUGCCUCCGGAAAAACCCAACGGAAUUAUUCUGGAUUAUGAGAUUAAGUACCAUGAGAAGGUGAGCAGAAAUGAUCAGGGGGAAGCCAUCGCUCAUACAAUGACGGCCCAACGGAGCAACGCCCGCAUCGAAGGCCUCAAGGCGGGUACGCCUUACGUGGUGCAGGUCCGUGCACGGACAGUCGCCGGUUACGGUCGUUACAGCAGCCCGGCGGACUUCAGCACCAACCUGCAAACCGACCCACCCAAAAUGUGGCAAGAGCAGCUACCCCUCAUCGUUGGAUCGGCUACUGCCGUCUUCGUCUUCAUCAUCGCCGUUGUGGUCAUCGCUAUUGUCUGCCUCAGAAAGCAGAGGAAUGGUUCAGAGUCCGAAUAUACGGAGAAACUUCAGCACUACAUCACUCCGGGAAUGAAGGUCUACAUUGAUCCCUUCACCUACGAGGAUCCCAAUGAAGCCGUGAGGGAGUUUGCCAAAGAGAUUGACGUCUCCUGCGUGAAGAUCGAGGAGGUCAUCGGCGCAGGUAACCCACCAAAGCUCCUGAGCUACAGGGGGAAGACUGCUAGUCACCUCCAGGCCAUACCGUUAGAGGACUUCACACCAAGCGGUACUUUCACUCAAUUCAUCGGAGAGUUUGGAGAGGUGUGCCGCGGUCGCCUCAAGCUGCCUGGCCGCCGAGAGAUCAUCGUCGCCAUCAAGACUCUCAAAGUGGGAUACACCGACCGGCAGAGGAGAGACUUCCUCUCCGAGGCAUCCAUCAUGGGGCAGUUUGACCACCCCAAUAUUAUUCGCUUGGAGGGCGUGGUCACCAAGAGCCGACCGGUGAUGAUUGUGACCGAGUUCAUGGAGAAUGGAGCGCUGGACUCGUUCUUAAGGCUCAACGACGGGCAGUUCACAGUGAUCCAGCUGGUUGGCAUGCUGCGUGGCAUUGCAGCUGGCAUGAAGUACCUGUCAGAUAUGAACUACGUGCACAGAGACUUGGCAGCCCGUAACAUUCUGGUCAACAGCAACCUGGUUUGCAAGGUGUCCGACUUCGGCUUAUCCCGUUUCCUGGAGGAUGACCCGACGGAUCCCACCUACACGAGCUCACUGUAUUUCAUGCUCACCUACUCAUUCGCAUAUCCACAGGGGGGCAAGAUCCCUAUCCGGUGGACGGCGCCCGAGGCCAUUGCCUACAGGAAGUUCACCUCGGCCAGUGACGUGUGGAGCUACGGGAUUGUCAUGUGGGAAGUCAUGUCGUACGGAGAGAGGCCGUACUGGGACAUGAGCAAUCAGGACGUGAUAAAUGCCGUGGAGCAGGACUAUCGACUACCCCCGCCUAUGGACUGCCCCACAGCUCUACACCAGCUCAUGUUAGACUGCUGGGUGAAAGAGCGCAACCUGCGGCCCAAAUUCACCCAGAUCGUCGCCACCUUGGAUAAACUAAUCCGCAAUGCCGCCAGCCUCAAGGUGGUCACUAACAGCACACAGUCCACAGGGGUAUCCCAACCCUUGCUUGACCGCUGCGUGCCAGACUACACCACGUUCACCACUGUGGGAGACUGGCUGGACGCCAUCAAGAUGAGCCGCUACCACGAGAAUUUCAUCAACGCCGGAUUUGCGUCCUUUGACUUGGUUGCUCAGAUGACAGCAGAGGACUUGCUGCGGAUAGGCGUUACAUUGGCCGGCCACCAGAAGAAGAUUCUGGGUAGCAUUCAGGACAUGAGACUACAGAUGAACCAAACGCUUCCCGUCCAGGUGUGACCAAAAAAAAAAAAAAAACGGGACACGCCCAGACCUCCCCCCCCUCCGUCGGUGCAUUCACAAGGAUGGCCAGAUCGAGGACAAACGAAAACAGUCCCAGAUGGAGACAUUGGAAUAAAAAACAAACAAAACCCAAGCUGCCUGACCCAUCUCUGCCAAAUUAGAUGCUCGGAUUUACUUUCUCUUAUUUUUUUUUUUUCACCCGCAACUUCUUGUUUUACGUUACUCGUCAUGUACUUCGCAGUUUGUGUGUCUAGAUAAAUAUGGGUUAGCGUUUCUAAACCCCCGUCAUGGCCCCACCUGCUGUUUGCAUGUGUUAGGGAGCGCCACUGAUAUGUUUCCAUCCCGAUGGACAUGCUGGAAGGUGUUCUGCAUCUUCAUAUUGAAGGUGUGUUAUCCAAAAAGAAGCCUGAGGUACUACAACCACGGACUGGUCGGACUGCAACUUGACCUGAAGGAGGAUUUUAACAAUAUCAGGAUCUUUUUUUUUUGUUGUUGUUAACACCUUUUCCACACCAUUUUGCUUUUUGGUUUUGACUUACCUACAUAUUGGGAGAUUUGUGGUUUUCAAAAAUGGCUGGUCAAACUGACAUUACCCCCCCAGGUGGACUCUCGCGAGAUGGGGACAUAAGGACAGUGGCGACACCAUAGACAGACCACUAGGCCUUUUUUUUUUUGGUGUGUUUUUUGUAUGUGUGUGUGUGUGUGUGUGUGUGUGUGUGUGUGUGUGUGUGUGGGCGUAUGUGUAAUUAAGUGUGCUUGGAACGUGCACAAGUGUCACGCUGCACACAAGCAUACUGUACAAUACAGCUUCCGAUAUUUGCCACUGUGGAGAAUUAACCGCAUGAACUGAACCGUGACAAGGAGCAAUUAUAUCUGAAACAAUUAUGCUAUAUUCUGUGGACAACUGUUGAAAAAAAAAAAAAAAAAAAACUUUUUUUUUUUUUUUAUUUGUUUUUUUAAUGAACUCACCAGAAGAACUUUGGACAAUAUAUAUGCAUAUUAAAAAGGUAUGCAGAGAACCGCCAUCGGGCGGACAACUUUCUACUUACUAGUACCCGGAUUCAGAAAUAAUCAAAUUAUUGUUUAAUUUGUUGGCAUCCCUCCCUAUGUAUUUAUUUGUGCCCCAUACCCUUUUUUCCCCUCCCACCGACACCCGGAUGGACCGUAAGACCAUUUUGGGAACUGAAAACAAUCAGAUGGAGACUCAAAGAGGAUUUAGCUAAUGAAUUGAUGAUUAAACAAAAUAAAUGCUGUAUACAUUG